CGAAACGUGAGCGUCGUGAAACGUGAAAAAUCGUUGAAAAUGGUGCGCUGCAUAGUGAAAAACUGUGAAAAUAAUUGCAGAACAUGCACACCGGAGCAAGCCAAUUUUCAUAAAUUACCGGAUAACAAAAUAAUCCGUGAAGGAUGGUUUCGGAGCAUUGGAGAGGUUAUAUUGCCUUCGAACAUCGUUAACGCACGAAUUUGCUCCGUACACUUUACUCCGGAAUCUUUCAUUCAAUCGAAGAGAAAAAGAGGAGAAAAUAUUUUUAAAAGACGACUUUUGCCAACUGCUGUACCAACGUUGCAUCUGGUAACAACAAACGAACAGGCACAUGACAAAGGCAAUGUAAAUUGUAACAUUGUUAAGCGGACCUUUAAUUUGGUUUGUCCAUCAACGUCACCUCUAGAAGCAAUAAAUGCUGCAAGUCUGUCGCCUGUGCCAGGCCCAUCAAAGGAGAGAAUCUCAUCUGUUGAGCCGGAACUUUCAUCUUUGCUACGUUCAUCAACACCCGUAUCAAGGAUGAUGACAGAACCUUUGCUUGAUUUAGGUCUGCUGGAUAAGGCAGAUAUGACAGGUCAACAUGAAACUCCAACAACGUCAGUGUCUUGUCGAAAUCCUUGGCUGGAACCAAAUGGCAGGGUCAACCGUACACCAGAAGGGCUUUUUGAUUCGUUGUGCAACGUACGGAAUUCUACGUUCCCAACAAG